ACUUCCUUUUACCCGUGCCUGGUAGCGAGAAGACAGGGGGGGAAUCGGUCCUCCAGGAAAAUCCAUGUCCAUCUUCUUCUGAAAGGCACUACUAAGUUAUCCAAAAUGACAGAACAGAUGACAGUUCGAGGCACCCUUAAGGGGCAUAGUGGAUGGGUCACCCAAAUUGCCACAACUCCCCAAUUUCCAGACAUGAUUCUGUCUGCAUCUCGAGACAAGUCCAUCAUCAUGUGGAAAUUGACUCGUGAUGAGACCAACUAUGGCAUCCCGCAGCGUGCUUUGAAGGGACAUUCUCACUUUGUGAGUGACGUGGUCAUCUCCUCUGAUGGCCAGUUUGCCCUGUCCGGCUCCUGGGAUGGCACACUCCGCCUGUGGGACCUUACCACUGGCACCACAACUCGCCGCUUCGUGGGACACACCAAGGAUGUGUUGAGUGUUGCCUUCUCUGCCGACAACCGUCAGAUCGUGUCCGGUUCUCGGGACAAGACCAUCAAGCUGUGGAACACCCUGGGAGUAUGCAAAUACACCAUUCAGGAUGAGAGCCACACAGAGUGGGUGUCCUGCGUGCGUUUCUCCCCCAACAGCAGCAACCCCAUCAUCGUGUCAUGCGGCUGGGAUAAGAUGGUCAAGGUGUGGAAUCUGGCUAACUGCAAGCUGAAGACCAACCACAUCGGCCACACCGGCUACCUGAACACCGUGACCGUGUCCCCUGAUGGCUCCCUGUGUGCUUCAGGAGGAAAGGACGGUCAGGCCAUGCUGUGGGAUCUGAAUGAGGGAAAGCACCUGUACACCCUGGACAGUGGGGACGUCAUCAACGCCCUCUGCUUCAGCCCCAACCGCUACUGGCUGUGCGCCGCCACCGGCCCCAGCAUCAAGAUUUGGGACCUGGAGGGCAAGAUCAUCGUUGAUGAGCUGAGACAGGAGGUCAUCAGCACCAACAGCAAGGCAGAGCCACCUCAGUGCACAUCUCUGGCCUGGUCUGCAGAUGGACAGACCCUGUUUGCUGGCUACACUGACAACCUGAUCAGAGUGUGGCAGGUUACCAUUGGAACACGAUAAACAUUUAUCGUGAUCAGUCUAAAAUAAAUGGUUUUUGAGGAACAA